GCUUCUUCUUUGUUGUUUGCAAAACAAAGAACUUUCCCCUCGUUUUUGAAUAUAUAAAUACACAGCAUAUUAUCCAAACACUUCUUCUUCUUUGUUGUUUGCAAAACAAAGAACUUUCCCCUCGUUUUUGAAUUCCUUAAUCUCUACUAUACCAAAAAACCCUAUGGCUGCAGUAGUAGGAGAAGCUUUACUCUCUGCUUUCCUUCAGGUGUUGUUUGACAGGAUGACUUCCAAGGAUGUCCUUAACUUCAUCGGGAGAAAGAAACUCAACAACGGACUGCUCAAGAAGUUGAAGAUUAAGUUGCUGUCAGCUGAGUCGGUGCUGAAUGAUGCCGAGGAGAAGCAAAUGAAAAACCUAGCUGUGAGGAAGUGGCUUGCUGAGCUCAAGGAAGUAAUCGAUGAUGCAGAUGACUUGGUGGAUGAGAUCAAUGUUGAAGCUUUGCGAUGCGAGAUUGAAGGUGGAUCUGGAAGCACCUCAUAUCAGGAAAUUACAGGAUGUUUUCAUGCAUAUGACAGCAGGGGUACUGCCAAUUGUCACAUAUCUGCUGCUGUUUGGCUUGACCAGUCCUCUUUUGAACUGUUUUGUCAUCUACCUGAUUUCAUUAUGGUGAUAUCAACAACUGGUAGAACCUUGACUUACAGUGCACUUUCUUGAUUAUUAAAUUUUGAUUAUUGGAGUAUCUGCAGCAUACCAGCAAAAAACGCUAAUCUGAUUGAAUAACUAAUCAUAUCCAAUUAUAUAAUAAAUCUUUCAUGAUGGCUUUUAUCACUCUUUUGUUAAAUUUUGUUAUUGCAUUCCUUGUAGCAGAAGAUAUUGUAAUUCAGUUCUAUCUGUAAACUUGCAUUUUCCUUUA